GUGCUAGUUUUACAUAUUUGUUUGAUAAGUUCAAAUUUGUUGUGUUUCGAUUUGCGUGAAAGAUAUAAAAAAAUUAUUAUAAUUGAGCAACCAAUUAAAUUUUUAUAUAAAAAACGAAAUCAAUAUACAAAGAACUUUUCCAUUCGGGAAGUACCAUGUCCGACGAGUCGGAUGAUGAACGUUCUUUGCUUAUUACUGAUAUGAAUGAAGGUAUGGUAGAAAUGUUUAAUUCCUUCAUAGCUAAUAAAGAUUAUGAAGAAGCCUUACAAUUUGUCAGUGGUUGCUUUGGUUUUGUUCCAACACCAUUUGUGAUAAACAAAAUUAUAUUUACAAUAAUGAUGAAUUGUGAUGAAUCACUUGCAGAAGAAGCAGAAGAUUAUCUAGAGGGUGUAUUGAGAAUUAUGACAACUCACGAUAAGAAAUCUAAUAUUAUAGAAGGAUUGAGCUAUCAAUCUGAUAGGAAUUCAAAAGUAUGGGAUACUUUCUCACAUUUAGUGGAGUCCAGCCUUUAUCAUCUCAAAAUAUUAGAAACUUGCCAUGAUAGAAAGGAAUAUGUAAAAAAUCCAAAUUGUAAAAUUCUUGUAAACAUUUUUGUCAAGGCUUUCAUAAACUGUCCCUUGAAAAGUGACAUACUUGGAUCACAUGCAGAGAAAAGAUUAUCAAGUGUACUCAGAUGGAUCAAUCAGUUUUAUAAAUACAACAUUCAACAUGAACCAUUACUGAAUUAUUUGCAUGAAUUUCUUGACUAUAUUAUUGAUAGUGAAGUUUCCGGUGAUCCGUCUCUUCCAGCUUGUGUAAAAAUUCAUUCAGCUAAUCUAUCACAAUAUAUGUUCCUUAUUUUAAAUUUCUGUAAAGAUGUUUUUUCUUCUACACAAAACCAGCAAAGAUUUUUCAAUAAUUCCAAGUCUCUGUAUCUUAUUACAAAAGUAUGCCACUAUAGAUUGCAUGAACUAAUAGAGAUGGAAGCUUUACCACAGGAUCCAGGGAUGUUAACUCUAAAAUCAAUAGUUGAAAAUUAUUUUUUCCACACUUCAAAAAAGAAGUCUGAGGACACAAAGCAGACAUCUUCGAAAUCACCCAUAAAAUCUGAUUCUCCGAGAAAAUCUAUCCGAGUAAAGAAAUUAAAGAAGUUUUCGAAGGAACCUAUACCUGGAGAUACAGAUUUACAUGAGUGUUGUAGAUUAGGAAGACCUGCUGAUUUACUUACUGCUCUGUAUGGGAAUAAAAAGAAAGAUAUAAAUGUAAAAAACAGUGCCGGAAAUACUCCUCUUCAUGAAGCUUGUUUAGCUAGUAGCUAUCUUUGCUCUAAAUUUUUGAUUGAAGAAGCGGGUGAUAGAACCAUUGAUUACAGGGCUACUGAUAAUGAAGGUCGGACUCCUCUUCACUGUGCAGUUUAUGUAAAUGCAUUUGAUAUAGUAAAUCUUUUACUGAAUAGAGCCGGAAAUGCCCUAGUUAAAUGCCCUGAUAAUUGGGGGAAAACACCUAUUGAUUAUAGUACUACUGACGAAAUGAGAACGAUGCUACAAAAAGUUGAAUCCAAAUUACAAGACCACAAUCAGGAUGAUUCAAAACUUCCUAGUUUGAAAAAUUCUCAAGAUUAUCAUCUUUAUUUACGAACAUUGAAAACCCUUGUCUCAAGCUACUUUCAGAUCUAUGACUUACCAAAAGUUGAAACGAGUAUUAAAACUUUAUCCCAUGAUAGAAAAAAGUGCUAUCAUUAUAAAGCUGAAAGUAACACCAUGUGCUUGGAAGAUUCUUCCAUAUUAGACACUUUUGGUAAAGUUGUUAAUAAGUUUAUUUCAUGUGCAGAAGUUGUUGCAAAAGAAGAAAAUGCUAAAAUGGAAUUAAAGCUUUGGCAGACAUUUGCAGCUGCAUUCAAAUAGCCAUUUGCUAUAAAAAUGAAAUUUUGUAUGGAUAUGUAUAUAAUUUUUGUUGUAUAAUUUUUUUAAAUUCAUGUUGUAAUAUCUUCAUCAAUAAGUCUUAAGCAAACAAUUUUAUUUUUGUUGUUGUAUUCCAGAAGGGAUCAUUCUCAAUAUUUCUUAAUUUCAUUUAUUUGUGACAAGUCUAAAAACAUUGAAUUACCACCAGGAAAUUUAAAACAUAUGCUGCAGAUAAUUUCAUAUGCAGGAGUUAUUGCAAAAGAAGAAUGUAUUUAGAUGUCAUUUCAUUGGGGUUCAUUGUCAACUGCAUUAGAGUAAUUAUUUGUAAUAUAAAUUCAUUUCAUAUGCAAAAUAUGCAUAAAUGUUCAUUGUAUCAUCCUUUUAGAUCAUCAUUAUUUUUAUAACA